AUGGCUCGAUAUAAAAUUGCAAACAUCAUCGUUAGUGACAACAGUCCUCAGUUUUGUUCUAAACAGUUCCAAGCAUUCCAACGGGCAUGGCAUUUUGAACACAUAACGAGCUCACCAGGAUAUCCCCAGAGUAAUGGUGGUGCAGAAAGAGCUAUCCAAAUAGCGAAAUCACUGAUGAAGGAAGCUGUAGAAGAUGGUGUUGAUCCCUACCUGUCGUUAUUAAACCAUCGCAAUACACCCCGAGAUUCGGUACUGGGAAGUCCAGCACAACGUUUAAUGUUAACGCAUACAAAGAGUCUUCUUCCUAUGGCUAAAGAGCUGUUAAAGCCACAAGUGAAAGAUCCUGAAGUGGUCCAAGAAAGGCUGCAACAUUACAAGAAUCUGCAAUAG